CUCGAUUGAAAAAACGACGAUCAACGGAAAGCGCAAAUCCGAGCCAAACACCACCUCUUCCAAGACGCAGAAAAACAGCAAACGGCGAAAGCGGGGCAGCAGCAGUCUAGAGGACGUGCAAGAAUCAGAGGACGACAAGAUGGCUACCACGACGACGACGACGACGACGACUACUAGCAAUAAGAAGGCGAAAAUGGUGGAGGAAGAUAGUGAUAGUGAGGUUCAGGAGGGGACGCCAGUUGCUGCUGCUGCUCCCCCGGCCGCCAAAAAGAAGCAUUUCCGAUUCGAUAGCGAAGAGCCGGAAGUGCCUGAGAUGGAGGAGGAAAUUGUGGAGACGCCGCAGGGCGUGGAUGCGGAUGAGGAGGAGGAUAGCAGUGAUGACGAGGCUCCUGAGGCUGUUGAUAACUCCGCGCAACUGUCCAAGAUUCGGAUGGAGGCGAAGAGACAGGAGAGGGCUAAGCAAAUAGAGGAGCAAUUGAAACGAGACAAGAGAAAACAACUCGACGAUCUGCGCAAGCUCCAGGCGAAGUCGGCCAACAAGAAACGAGAGGCCGAGGAUCAGCUAUCAGAAAGCACCGAGACCCUUCAGGGUACCACGACAGAAAGUGCCCGGAGGUCUGCGCUCCCCGCUCUCCUCCCGGACGAUAUCCUGAAUGCCGCCCCCGACGCUCGCCCACCGACUCCUCCCGCCGAAGAAAUGGAGAUUGUGCGGCCCAAGCCAACCAAGAUGAGGUUCCUGGACAAGAAGGAGAAGGCCCCGAAGGAUUUGCAGAUGGGCGACGUCACGAUCCGUGUGUUGGAUGGAGAUGUAUCACGGAAGAAGUCGAAGACUGCACUUCCCCCCAAGUCCUCGAAGAGCAGCCAGAACGCGAGACAAGCCUGGUUGGGUGCAGCUCGCAGUACGGCCAAGGUCAACGGGAUGAGAAGAACGGCUGGCGGUUCCUCGGGGUUUGUGCGCAAAUAGCAGGUCUUUGGCGCGCUUAACUCCGUCUCGUAGUAGGGAUUUUUAAUGAAAUC